UCUUGUUAUCACGGCCACUCCUGUGUGCUAACCAGACACUCAUGAGUACGCUGACGUGAUCCUGAAAGUGUUUAUGUAUUCAGCUUUAUCACGUACAAGUGUGCAGUGUUAGUGGGCGGCAAGGGAGGACUCCAUACACAGGAACUACUGGCUCAUUAUUCCUGGAGUGAGGCACACACCCACAAGCCACUAUGAAUCGACUGUUUGGCCGAGGCAAGGGCAAGGAACCUCCUCCAAACCUCACUGAUUGUAUUUCUAAUGUUGACAGUAGGGCUGAGUCUAUUGAGAAGAAGAUUGCACGGCUUGAUGCAGAACUAAUAAAAUAUAAGGACCAGAUGAAAAAGAUGCGAGAAGGUCCAGCCAAAAAUGCAGUGAAGCAAAAGGCCAUGAGAGUACUGAAGCAGAAAAAAAUGUAUGAGCAACAGUCAUCCAACUUGCGCAACCAAAGCUUUAACAUGGAACAGGCCAAUUAUACAACUCAAACACUGAAAGAUACGAAAACCACUGUCAAUGCCAUGAAACUUGGCGCCAAAGAAAUGAAACGAGAAUUUAAGAAGAUUAACAUCGAUGAAAUUGAGGACAUCCAGGAUGACAUGGCGGACAUGCUUGAACAGGCCGAUGAAGUACAGGAAGCACUUGGACGCAGUUAUGGUACACCAGAGAUUGAUGAGGAUGACCUUGCGGCAGAGCUUGAUGCUCUUGGAGAUGAGGUAUUGCUGGAUGAUGACACUUCGUACCUAGAUGAUGCCAUUAAUGCUCCCAAUGCACCAGAGAAAGAGCCUGGCACUGAGACCCUGAAGGAUGGCAUGCCUGUUGAUGAAUUUGGCCUGCCCCAGAUGACUACUUGAGGCUGUAAAAUUCAUUUUGAUAAGAAAGUACUUCUAUGCCCAGAAGUUGAACAAUUGCUGAUUCGUGGUAAUAUGUGUACUAAAACUAAUGUCUAGCAAGCAUAGGAGUAAGCAUUUAUAUAUAGUGCUAUUCUUUGACUUGUUCUGAGUACAUUCAAUGCCAUGCACUGAAAGAUUGACUCUAUAAAAUUAGUCAUGUUAGUUUUAUGUAAUGCACCUUAUAAUUACUUAAGAGCUUCAAGUUUCAUUAUCCUACAUGAGUACACUCCAAGACUGUAUUCACAUUAGAUAAUGGCAUCUCUCUUGUGUGACUAUGUCUGUGGAGGGCUAGCAGCAGCACAGCUUAUUAGUCAAACAAUGUCCAAUGACCUUGCUGGUCACAAUAUAUGCAACAAAGGGUCACACACAUACAUCCACCUUAUCAUACAUGUUUAUUGCAGCCCAUACCUUGCGUUUCUAGCUGAUUUUAUAAAUCCAAAUGUAAUGAUGCAUUUACUUUUGGGGUUUCUUUAUUAACCCUCUCGCGCACCGUAAGUUUCCAAUAAGUUUCUGUUCCACUCACCAUGCAUUUCUCAGGCCCGACCGGCCUUUUUUUGCCGCCGCGAUACUCUACAUUCCCGGACGUAUUUUACCCUCACAUAUAUAUCAUACCCCAAUAAAUUUGGUAUCAAUGGCUUCAUAAAGACUUGUACUAGAACAUACGCAAAUAAAAAUAGAGGAAAAUAAACAAUAUAACUCGUUUCAAGUCUCCAUAUAGAGUAUUGUAGACAAUAAAUCCUAAGUACUGACUCCUGCCUAGCUAGCUAGCUAGCUAAUAGCUCGAAAUUUUGUGGGCCAACAUUUUUAGCUGAAUAUAUGUUUCAAAGCGGAAUUUAGUGAGGAUUCUUAUGGUAUCCUCAAAAUCCUCAUUAUUAGUUCUUGAGUUACACCAAGAAAACUGUAUUUUUUUCAAGGUGACCGACCCCUCCUCCCUCCUCCUCAUCUACGCUCCUUAGAAAGGUUGCCAUAUGUUACCAUUAAGAAACUUAUCAUAACAAAUGACGCUCCCAAAUUUGACGCACUUUCACAGAAGACUUAACUUUUGGUCAAUUUUUAAAACUUUUAUGACGCUUUUCGCGUCAUCGUGCGUGAGAGGGUUAAGAAGAAAGCAUGUGAUUUAUACAAUGUAUGUUUAUAAACUGUAGUCAUCCAAACAUUGUCAUCAUAACAUUUAACUUAAUUUCAGAUCUUAUAUUCCUGCUAUCCUGAUUCAUGUACUUGUAUAAUUUGUUAGCAUUUUUUUACAAGGAUAUUCCUUACAUGUAAAAAUUGUGCAUUUACAAACAAGAAAAUCUUAAUUUAUUAAAUUAUGAAUUGUUAUGUAUACCUUAUACAAAGGAAACAAUACUUCAACAUAGUAAAAAAUAUUAUUUA